AUGGAUUCGCUUAGUACCCAAAAGGCUAAACCAAGAAAGAUGAAGGUUGUUGUGAAGAAGUCUCGGGUUCAAAUACUCUUAGAUUUGUUUUACCGUGUGGUCGAGAUAACUGUAGUUAUGGUUACAGUAGCCAAGCUCUGUUACCAACUAGUCAUCAUGUUCGAGGACUCUGGUCUCACUCGUUUUCUCAUCAACCGUCACCUUGCUUUCCUCUUGGGGAAUGCGAUAGUCAUCACUAUAGUCGCCAAGUGCGGUCUCUUUGCGAAUCAAGAACCAGAUGCACGGAGAAACAGCAAUGAUUUCUACGACGAGUUUGUCCGAGAGAGCUCAAGAAGAGAGCAUAGUUUACAGACAGAUGUGACAUGCAGAGAAAAACAGAGCGAGGCAAAACAGAGCAGCGAAGAUAAGAGACAGAGCAGAGCAAAACAGAGCAUGCUGGAGAACAGGGCAAAACAGAGCAUUGAAGAUAAGAGAGAGAAACAGAUAAAGACUGAGAAACAGAGCAGUGGCGAGGAGAAGGAAACGAAGGACAUUACUGUGAAGAGACAAAGACAAAUCAUUUCCCAAAAACAGGAAAGCCCAAGGAAGAGCUACGAGAGGAGUGGGUCAGAGAAACUUGAGGGCUCAAAGAAGCGUUCUUGUGGAAGACUGAAGAGAUCGGAGACGGAGAGACCUGCUGAUGGAACUGAUUCUGAUGAUGAACUCCGAUACAAGAUCGAGUCUUUCAUUGCGAGACAGAGGAGGAACCAAAAGGAUGAAGAGUUUUGUAUUGUGUAG